AUGACGCGUUCACCGGAAACUCCAGAAAUUGCUAUUGUCGGUGGCGGCAUUGUAGGCCUUGUCCUAGCCGCGGGCCUCACUCGUCGUGGGGUGCAGGUAAAGCUGUUCGAACAAGCACGCAACUUUCGCGAGAUCGGGGCUGGGAUCGGCUUCACACGUAACACCGUCAACUGCAUGGAAAAGAUCAGCCCGGGAAUAGUGCGCGCGCUGCGAUCUGGAGGCUCCGUCAACGUGUCCUUGGACCAGACGGACCCGAAAGCGUACCUGCGGUAUAUCAACGGGUACGGAAUACAGCGCGAAGACGACCCCAUGUAUCAAAAGCCGUUGCUCAGACUGGAUGCGGGUGUCAAGGGAUGGGAGACCGUACGUCGAGAUCAGUUUCUAGAUGACUUGGUGAAAGAAAUUCCAGAGGGAGUGAUUCACCUCCAAAAGAGACUGAGCAUGAUCGUGGAUGAGGAAGAUCAGGACAAGGUUGUGCUGCAGUUCACCGACGGGACUAGUGUCGAAGCCGAUGCUGUCAUAGCCACUGACGGUAUUAAGUCCACCGCGCGAAAACUCCUCCUCGGCGCAGAUAACCCGGCUUCGUACCCGCAGUAUAGCCACAAAGUUGCCUAUCGAGCACUUAUUCCCAUGGACAAAGUCUCUGCCGCGAUUGGCGAAUACAAAACUCACAAACAGCACAUGCACGUUGGCCCAAAUGCCCACCUGAUUCACUAUCCGGUUAACACGAACACCAUCGGGGCAACGGUAGUCAUCUCCGACCCCAACAACUGGCCACUCGACAAACCCACCACCGCCCGUGGAUCCCGUAAAGACGUGUUGGAAGCUCUCGCAAACUGGAGUCUCCCUGUCCGCAAUCUGGUAGACUUGUUCCCCGAAGAACUCGACCAGUGGGCACUGUUCGACCUUGCUGAAUACCCGGUGCCAAAAUACAACAAAGGACGUGUUUGUCUCGUCGGGGAUGCAGCGCACGCAUCGAGUCCACACCAUGGGGCCGGGGCGUCUUUUGGAGUGGAAGAUGUGCUGUGUUUGUGCACGAUGAUUCCAGAACAGACCGGUCAGUUCAGUCGAGAGCAGAAGGUGUCGAAAGGCGAUGCACUACGUGCUGCCUUUGAGACAUACGACAAAAUGCGACGAAGUCGGACGCAGUGGCUUGUGAAUAGCAGUCGUCGGGUGUGUGACCUGUUCCAGCAGCCUGACUGGGCCAAUCCUGCCAAGAGAGUUAAAGCGGAGUCAUGCUUUGAGGAAGUCAAAGACCGGUCGUUCAAGAUUUGGCAUUUCGAUUCCGGGAAGAUGGAAGAGGACACUAUCCGCGAUUACAAGGAGAGGAUCGGAAUGUUGGGGAAGACCAAGGCAGCAAACGCAGUUAAUGGCAAAGCCAUGUUGGAUACUUCUGCAGAGCCGGAAUGGCUUUUUUCGGCUUAA